GGAUUGGCGGGAGAUGGAGCGCGGCUGUGGGCGGGGCUGCGGCGUGCGGCGAGGUUACAGGGGACACUGGUAUCCAACAUAGCCGAGUUCCAGGUGCUGCUCUGGCCGAAGUCUGGUGUGCGCUACAAGUCUCCCCCACCCUCAGUGCCCUGUGGGUGCCGUGGAGCCACACGAGGGACACAGCUGCCGUGGAGGUUGCAGGGAUUGCAGGACUGCGUUUGUAUCCUUUCAGGGACCACCUCCUCCCUGUCCUGGCCACAGCGGUCUGGGCACAUCAAGCACGGACAUGUUUUCUGAGCAGGCUGCCCAGAGGGCCCACACUCUGCUGUCCCCACCAUCAGCCAGCAACGCUACCUUUGCCCGGGUGCCCGUGGUGACUUACACCAACUCCUCGCAGCCCUUCCGGCUGGGGGAGCGCAGCUUUAACCGGCAGUAUGCCCACAUUUAUGCCACCCGCCUCAUCCAGAUGAGGCCCUUCCUGGCGAGCCGGGCCCAGCAGCGCUGGGGCAGUGGAGUCCUAAUUAAGAAGCUGUUUGAGCUGCAGCCUGGGGAGAAGUGCUGUGUGGUAGGGACCCUCUUCAAGGCCAUGCUGCUCCAGCCCUCCAUCCUGCGGGAGGUCAGCGAAGAGCACAACCUGCUCCCCCAGCCUCCUCGGAGCAAAUACAUCCACGCAGAUGAUGAACUGAUCUUGGAAGAUGAACUGCAGCGUAUCAAACUGGCGGGCACCAUCGACGUGGCAAAGCUGGUCACAGGGACGGUCCUGGCUGUGCUGGGCUCUGCAGGAGACGACGGGAAGUUCCUGGUGGAGGACCACUGCUUUGCAGGGCUUGCUCCUCAGAAGCCCGCACACCCCCUCGACACGGACAGGUUUGUGCUGCUGGUGUCCGGCCUGGGCCUGGGUGGAGGCGGGGGCGAGAGCCUGCUGGGCACCCAGCUGCUGGUGGACGUGGUGACGGGGCAGCUUGGGGAUGAAGGGGAGCAGUGCAGCGCCGCCCACGUCUCCCGGGUCAUCCUCGCCGGGAACCUCCUGAGCCACAACACCCAGAGCAGAGAUUCCAUCAAUAAGGCCAAGUACUUAACCAAGAAAACCCAGGCAGCCAGCGUGGAGGCUGUCAAGAUGCUGGACGAGAUCCUCCUGCAGCUGAGCGCAUCUGUGCCCGUGGACGUGAUGCCAGGCGAAUUUGACCCAACAAACUACAUGCUCCCCCAGCAGCCCCUGCACCCCUGCAUGUUCCCACUGGCCACUGCCUACUCCACGCUCCAGCUGGUCACCAACCCCUACCAGGCCACCAUCGACGGAGUCAGAUUCCUGGGGACGUCGGGACAGAACGUGAGUGACAUCUUCCGGUACAGCAGCAUGGAGGACCACUUGGAGAUCCUGGAGUGGACCCUGCAAGUCCGUCACAUCAGCCCUACAGCCCCUGACACCCUAGGUUGUUACCCUUUCUAUAAAACCGACCCGUUCAUCUUUCUGGAGUGCCCUCACGUCUACUUUUGUGGCAGCACCCUCAGCUUUGGCUCCAAAAUCAUCCGAGGUAAGUUUUGUCUUCUGGGGGUCCCAGGCCUGGGCUGACGCGAGUGACACGCU